UCUUUGUUCUAUAGUGAGAGGCACCCAAUGCCUUCUUCAGCUGAUGGAAGGUUGGAAGUACUUUCUCGGAGUUAGAGACAGUCACUACCCAAAUUGGAUUGACGAAUUAUCUUUCUCUCUUUCUUGUUUGCGCUAUUACCUGAUCGAAGCAAAAAAAAAAAAAUGUUGCCUUUAUGAUCUUUUCACUGUAAAUCAAGGUUCUAAUCAUCAAGUUUCCCAGGAGACGAGGGAGCCUUUGCUGAAUUCCAACUUGAAGUGAUUUUUUGGUCACCAGUAUAUUGUAACAGUCCAUUAUGGCAUCUUCCUCCAUGGCUCGAAAACAAAAGUAUGAUGUGUUCCUUAGCUUUAGAGGAGAGGAUACCCGUGAUAAUUUUACUAGCCAUCUCUAUGAUGCUUUAUGUCGCAAAAAAAUCAAGACCUUCAUAGACAAUGACCUUGAAAGAGGGGAAGAAAUAACACCAGGCCUUUUGAGAACAAUUGAAGAAUCAAUGAUUUCUGUAAUCAUUUUCUCCAAAAAUUAUGCAUCUUCUCCAUGGUGCUUGGAUGAAAUGGCAAAGAUACUUGAAUGCAAGGAAAUUUAUGGUCAGACGGUUUUACCAAUCUUUUACCAUGUAGAUCCAUCUGAUGUUGAAGGACUAAGUGGCAGCUUUGGAGAUGCAUUUAUUGAGCUUGAAAAGAACUUUAAGGAGAAAAUGGAAAGGAUGCCCCAUUGGAGGGCUGACUUGAUGAAAGUUGCCAGUAUAUCAGGAUGGGAUUCCCGUGUGAUAAGGUCUGAGGCUAAACUUGUGAAAGAAGUUGUGGAACAUAUUUUGGGGAAAUUGAAUCAUGCAUCCUCAGGAGAUUCAAAGGGUCUGAUUGGAAUAGACUCACACAUUAGACUGAUUAAAAAUUUGUUAUGCAUUGGGUUGACAAGUGUUCGUAUUGUAGGAAUUUGGGGUAUGGCUGGCAUAGGUAAAACAACUAUUGCUAGAGCUAUUUUCAACACUCUCUCAAAUCAAUUUGAUGCUUGCAUUUUUCUUGAGAAUAUAAGGGAAGAAUCAAAACAAUUUGAGGGGCUAGGUCGUUUAAGAGAAAAGCUUCUUUCUGAAUUGUUAGAGGAGGAAAAUUUACGUACUAUCACUCUCAAUGUAGAAUCUAUUUUCAUUAAGGACAGGAUCCGCAACAAAAGGGUAUUGCUUGUCCUUGAUGAUUUGAAUGAUGUGGAUCAGCUAGAAGUCCUAAUUGGAAGAUGUGAUUUUGCUUUGGGAAGUAGAGUUAUUGUGACAUCUAGAGAUAGGCAUGUUCUCGAGAAUAGAGUUGAUAAAACAUAUGAAGUUGAGGGAUUAGAUAAUGAUGAAGCUCUUCAAUUGUUCAGUUUGAAUGCUUUUAAGAAAAAUUAUCCCACUUCUGAUAGAUUGGAGCUAUCAAAUAAGGUGGUGAACUAUGCUCAAGGAAACCCCUUGGCACUUAAAGUUUUGGGUUCCUUCCUGUUUGACAGAAGGAGAGAAGAUUGGGAAAGCGCAUUGGAUAAACUUGGAAGAAUUCCUCAGCCUAAAAUUUUUCAUAUGUUGAGAAUAAGUUUUGAUGCGCUAGAUGACGAAGAGAAAAAUAUAUUUCUUGAUAUUGCAUGUUUUUUCAAGGGGCAACAAAUUGACUUCGUAAAGAGAAUACUAAAUGGUUGUGGUUUCUCAGCAGGCAUUGGAAUUAGUGUUCUUGUUGAUAAAUGCCUUAUUACCAUCCUAGGAAACAAGUUGGAGAUGCAUAACUUGCUGCAAGAAUUGGCUCAUGAAAUUGUUCGCCAAGAAUCUGUUAAAGAGUUGGGCAAGCGCAGUAGAUUGUGGAGUCCUACUGAUGUUUGUCAAGUGUUGACCAAAAAUCUGGGAUCUGAAAAAGUUGAGGGAAUAUUCUUAGACACAGCUAAAAUCGGAGAAAUGUACUUGAGUUCCAAAGCCUUCAUGAGGAUGUAUAAUCUUAGACUACUCAAAAUCCAUAAUUCUAUAGUUGGAAAUAGGUGUAAAGUGCAUCUGCCUGAUGGCCUUGAGUUUCUUUCUGAUGAGUUGAGGUAUCUUCAUUGGGAUAGAUAUCCUCUGAGCUCUCUGACGCCCAAUUUUCAAGCAGAGAAUCUUGUUCAACUUAACUUGCCUAACAGCUGCGUUAAAAAACUAUGGGAAGGAGUGCAGAAUCUUGCGAGUUUGGAAGAGAUCAGCCUUAGUAAUUCUGAGCACUUGACCACAUUUCCAGACCUCUCACAAGCCAAGAAUCUUGAAAGAGUGAAUUUGGAUUACUGCACUAGCUUGGUGGAAGUCCCCUCUUCUAUUCGGUUUCUAGACAAACUUACAUUUUUGAGUAUGAGAUGCUGCACAAGUGUUGUGAGCCUCCCUAGUGGCAUUAAAUUGAGAUCACUUAAGACUCUUAACCUUUCCGGCUGCACAAAUCUUAGGGAGUGUCCAGAGAUUUCAGAGAAUAUAACGUAUUUAAAUUUAAAUGGGACUGCAAUAGUACACCUUUCCAAAUCAAUUGGGCAUCUCAGUGGACUCGUUGCACUAAAUAUGAAGGAUUGUAAACAAAUGUGGGAUCUUCCAGAGAGCUUGCAUUUGUUGAAAUUCCUUCGGACUACCAAUUUUUCUGGCUGCUCAUCUAUCACCAAGUUUCCGGACAUUUCAACUAAUAUCCAAUUCUUGUACUUAAGUGAAACUGGAAUAGAAGAACUCCCCUCGGCAAUUGGUGAGCUCUCCAAACUCUCUUGUUUGGAUCUGAAGAACUGUAAAAGGCUUAAGAAUAUUCCUUGUACCAUUUCUAAGUUGGCAUCACUUGAAAAGCUUAUUGUCUCUGGCUGCUCAAGUAUAAACAAGUUUCCAGAGGUUUCAAAAAGCAUAAAGAAGUUGUUCUUAUGUGGGACAGCAAUAGAGGAAAUUCCAUCAUCAAUCGAGUAUUGCUCUGAACUCGUUGAAUUGAGCAUGCAAAAUUGCAAAAAGUUUCGUAUUCUUCCAAGUUGCAUUUGUAAGUUGAAAUCUUUGCAAAAGCUUAUUCUCUCAGGCUGCUCCAUAUUUGAAUGUUUUCCGGAAAUUUUGGAGGCAAUGGGAUCAUUAAGAUGCCUUUAUUUAGAUGGAACAGCCAUGAUGAAUUUACCCUCCCCAAUUGAAAAUUUAAAGGGGCUUUCUAGCUUGGAAUUGAGAAACUGCAAAAGAAUUCAAGGAUUGGCAGAACUGAUGUCAAUUAUAGACAGUUCAGGUUCACAUUUACAAUACCUGAGGAAGCUAUAUCUAACUGGUUGUGGGAUGGUCUACAUCCCUGACUGCAUCGGCUACUUGUUCUCACUAGAAGUAUUAGAUCUGAGUGGAAACUCUUUUUGUCACCUACCUUGUAGCAUCACAAUGCUCACAGAGCUGCAAUACCUCGGUUUGAGGGAUUGCAAGUUGCUACGUUCAAUAACAGCACUUCCACCCCAGUUGACAAAAUUAGAUGCAGAUAACUGUUUCUCACUCCAAUCUGUGUCAAUAAUUGAUUCGACUAUAGUCGAGGGAAACAUUUUUGAAUUCCUUUUCACUAAUUGCGGAAACUUGCAUGCAGUUGGAAAGCACAACAUCAUGACAUAUGCACUAACAAAAUUUCAGCUUUAUUCAAAAAGAUUGCACAAUCAGAUGCCUUCUGUGCGAGCAGGGGAAUCUGGUUUUUGCUUCCCUGGAAGUAGUAUUCCAAAGUGGUUCAGCCAUCAAAGUUGGGGAUUGUCCAUGACAAUCCAGCUGCCUUCACAUUGGGCUAACAGUGAGUUCUUAGGUUUUGCCCUGUGUGCUGUUAUUGCUUUUAACAACCAGAGCACAAACGACCUUGGUUUCCAAGUUAAAUGCAGAUACCAUUUCAGAAAUGAUCAUGGUGACUGCAACGAUCUCUACUGCUAUUUUGGUGGUUGCUAUGGUAGGAAUUAUUGGGAGGGAGAGGAUUGUGGAACAGCUCAUACAUUCUUUGGGUAUGAUCCCUUUGUGGAUGUUACAAGAGAUGAUUGGUUUGGCAAAUACAGUAAGCUUCUCGUGGAAUUCCACCCUGAAGAUAUGAACGGUUAUCGUUUAGUUUGUUCUAAUGUUAUCAGUUGCGGGGUUCGAAUGCUUUAUGCUCAAGAGGAAAGAUUCUGUCAAUGUUCUUUCAUCAAUCGACAUGUUGAGGCAUGGUCCAAAACUGAGGGUCCUAUGUGGUACGAUGAGGAAAACAUGGGACCUUUUUCUUGGUUAAAAUCCAGUGUGUUGAAAUUGAAGGUAUUUAGACAUCGCCACUUUGGGUGUUUCGACGUGAUUGAUCAGAAAGAGCUAGACCUUCUUAUCUCGGAGAUCAGUACAGAUAAGUCACAGAAACACUAUGAUAUGGAAGAACUUAUCAGCGCAUGUCAAUUCAACGAGUUUAUGUGAACUUAGUGAACUCUUAUAUUCAAAUGGGGAAAAUAAUGCACUAAUUUAAAGCAUAAUGAAUUGAAAAUUUUCAUCAUUCAUAUCGUAUGUGAGUUCACGAUGGAGGUAGGAAUUUCCUCAGACUUACUUUAGAAGACCUAGUUUCUCUCCUUUGGUUUUUGUUUUCUGCAGCCGGUGGCAGUACCUCCCUUGACGGAUGUGGGUGUCAACUUGGCGCCUGCAGUUUCAUGGCUUGGUGAUCAAACUGGCCUUCUACGUUGGCAAUGUGUUCUACACACUUUACGUUUUCUGCUUUUUCUUUAAAUAUCGAUAGUUGGCUGCUUGUUUGCGAAUUCUUUUUUUGGAAUAUUGGAUCAUGUAUAGGAAAAUAAAAAAUAUUACGCAAAAUAAAGUUCUGCAUUUAAAAUUUUGAAA